UCCCAUCUAGGUUCGCCGCGCCUUGAUCCGAGAGUGUUCACAGACCGAGAGAUUGGGUUGGCUACUCAUGAUAAUCUAACUAUGAAAGCCAUUUUUCUGUCAAACCCGGAACCCUCAUCAUUCACAUGGACUUUCCAAAACUCUUCAAAUAAUUAUUUUACUCGGCUAAACAACGGGACAGACAGCUUUGUUAUACAUAAUACACCUUUUAUAUCGAACCUGUCAGUUUUGUCAAUGGGGACACGUACGAACAUGCAAGAGGCCUGGUUUGGAUUAUAUAAUGUAACUGCAAUCAACAGUGAGGGCAAAGGGACACUCACUUUCACAGUUGCUGCUACAGAAAAUCCGAAUCCCACUAAGAUUUUUUCAGUUGACUGUGGAAAGCGAAUGUCUGCCAAAGUAUCGUGGAAGAACGGUGGAAACUCCCAGUUUUACCGUGUUUUAUUCAGCAUGGAUGCCUUUGAACAUUCAAAAGAAGUUUAUCCCGUGACAAUUGCAUUUGAAGAAGGGAGGAACAUGUAUAGUUUGAAUGUGGACAAUUUAGUGGGAGGACGACUAUAUACAUUUAAGAUUGCAGCGUACAACACCUACGGAAAUACAACAUCAUUUGAUGCUGUUGGAUGUACAAUUCAGGCAGAUUGUUCCCGCGGUACCGACAGCAUGUAUGUAACAGGAGUUGCCCUGAUUUGUACCAGUGUUCUCACGUUCCUGUUAACAGUUGGACUUGGAAUAUUCCUAAGUCGAAAUGGUAGACUGCCUUUCAUCAAAGGUCAACAUCUGAAACGAAGGGAAUUUCAGAACGUGCAACUUUCAGAACGAGCUGUACCACCCAAUGAAGAGGGAGACGAACGAUCUCCAUAUGAACAACUCGAUACGAAUGAAAUUACCAAAGCAUCUGUGUACUCUGAAAUAGGAAGUCAUCUUCCAGGUCGCCGGAAAGAUCCAGUCAAUGACAACAGAGAAUACGAGUCAUUGAAGGGUCGGUCUAACCCAAACGUCUAUGAAGAUCUCCAUGGUACAACAUCUGGUGACAAAGAAAUAUACAUCAACACCGCAAUUGCUGAGGGGGGUUCUGGCUCCGGAAGUUAAUCCAUCUGGUUCACAAGAAAUAAUAAUAAUGAACAACCCGAGGAAGCUUCAAUUAAUACGUCAGCUUUUCAAAAGAUUUCUAUUGGACUUAGCCUAUCAAAUGUAGAUUGGAACCGUGAUGAAUAAUAAUCAAUAUACAUAUUAGUCCCAGAGCAUUGUGGUUGUUGACAAUGACCAUGUCAGCAGCCCUAACCUUUGCGAUUGUGACAGCCACGGUAAAAAAUAAUGAGCAUGCAACUAGUAUAAGCUUAUGGGUAUACAACCGUUACAGAAUGGCAGAAAUAUUGCGUUUUCUAACGUACUGGGCAAUUCACGAGCUAUUUCCGAAAAACACAGGGAGAUAUCAACACGUUUAAAUACAGCGUGUGUUACUUGGUAGGUAUAUAUUGUGUUCCGUUCCAAACUGUUAAUGGUACAAAAAGUAGUUUGUGUUCUCAGCAUUAUAAACUGAGAGGUAGGUCGUCGAGGGAGAUGUAAACAUAUCAUGUCUUGAUAUGUAUAUCUACAAUAACAAGUGAAUUGUCCUAACCACAUGACAACACUGCUAGGAUAUUCGCCCAUGCAUGGAUUCAUCAGUCACCUGAUGACAGCCAGUCAAGUAGGCGAACACAUUAGCAAGUAUGUUUAUAGUUUAUAUAUUUCCAUUGUACAGAUCACACAGACACUAUGUUAUGCAUUUCUCUGUAUAUAUUUACCCUUUAUAGUGCGUUUUUUUUUAUUGAAACGUGAGGAAGACGCGGUCAAAUGGAUACUGGCGCAUGAGGCUAGUAUUUGUUUUAUGAGGUGUUUUUAUUAAAUUGCAAGAUUGUUUUUGAAAUCCUGUUUGUGUAGAAAUAUGUAAACUAAAAGUCUAGUAAGAGAUAUGUGUGCAUUCACUUCAUUCCGUUUCAAUAACACGGGCCAAAUUGAAAAUGCAUAUGAUGUCAUAUUCCCCUAGGAACAUUCGUCAAACAAAAUAAAAAGGUGUAUAUACGGUAUUUUGCAUAUAAAAAUGAACUUGUGUUAAUACAAAUGUAAAUGUAUGGUUUGCAAUAUACGAAGAAACUCCACAGAAAUUAACAUUUGAAUUAUUUGUUAAAUGUGUAUGUAUACAUCUAUAUAACUCUAGUAUCAAAGAAGAUGUGGUGUUUGCUGAAUUAUUGUAUAGAUUUAAUAAGUUGCUUAUUGAUUAAAAUUCUAUUUGAAUAGUAUUGUUGUACCAGUUUUGACAAUUAUGUAAUGCAAUAACCUUGGUCUUAGAUAUCCCUGUGCUACCCUUCAAGUAUCUAUAAACCAAAUAAAUAAUGCAUGGAUAUACUUCAACUGGCUAGUAGCUACGUUAUAUUUAUGUAAUGCUUAAAAGACCCACCCAACCCGUUAUGCGCCAAUAUUCUUUGCCUUAUUGAUAUACCAGCAUGGUGUUUGAUUAUGUUUUUAAUGAUUAACUGAUUUUGUAUCAUGUGAACUUGAAUGUCAUUUAAUGCCGUUCAGUUUUAUAUACUUCGCACCCAUUUAUGCCACCAUAGUACUGUACUGACCAGAUUCCAUUAACGUAGGACAUAUGGUUAUUCAGGAGAAGAGGUUCGACAAAAUAAUAUAUCUAGGCUAAAUUAAUUUGAAUUAACUUGGUAAUCCUUCAUCCGAGCAUGCUUAUAGCUAAAUAUCAUCACUGUAGGCCUAGGCAUUCAGAGUACGUUCGUUGAAAUCGUUAAAAAAUUCAGCACAUGUGAUCGUGAAAAUGGUUGAAAGUCAAUCAUUUAAACGAAUUUCGAAUUCCUUCAU